UGAUUUUAGUGAUGCUAAUUUUUAUGAUGAAUAUGAUGAGAUUGACGUUAUUGAUGAAAUCGAUGUUAAUAAAGAUUACAAUAACAUGGAUGAAUAUAGUGAUGAUACUAAUGAUAAAGAUGAUGAUAACAUUUAUGAUGAAUUUAAGUCAGCAGAUGAAAUCACAUCGCUCUUUUCAACUAAUUUCAAGCGAAAUCCAAAUGUUGAAUAUAAAAGUAAAUUUAUAAAUACCGAUCACUUGGCAAAACAAUUUAAUUUAUUUCCACAAAAUAAUG